CAAUAUUCUCCAUGGCAUCUGGAUGGACCGCAUUCGCCAGACAUUGGGGGCUACCCCCGUAUUGCUGGUCCGACGGUCGCUCCAAGGUCCGUGGAUUCCCAGUCCAGUGAUACGGAACCACCCUCCCUUGCGCGGCCGCUCUACCGUCGCCUCCGACGCGUGCGGCACCGCGCCGCCGGCACCCCCGCCGGCCAUCGUCCUCCGGGACUAUCAGGAGGAAUGUAUCCAGGCCGUGUUGGACCACCUGCACCAAGGCCACAAACGCUUGGGAGUGUCGUUGGCGACCGGCGCGGGAAAAACCGUCAUCUUCACCCAACUGAUCGGACGGAUUCCCCCCCGAAAUGGCCACAAUGACAAGACCCUCAUCCUGGUCCAUCGCCGGGAGCUGGUCGAGCAAGCCGCGCGACACUGCCGGCUGGCAUAUCCCGAUCGGACGGUGGAGAUUGAGAUGGGGAACCAUGUCGCGUCGGGGGCGGGGGACAUCAUCAUCGCCUCCAUCCGCAGUCUUACCUCCAAGGAUAGAAUCUCCAAGUUUGACCCACGACGCUUCAAGCUCGUUUUGGUGGAUGAGGCACACCAUAUCGUGGCACCCACGUAUCGCACAGCUCUGCAGCAUUUCGGCCUCAACGAUCCGUCGCCCGAUUCGCCGGCUCUGGUAGGGGUGUCAGCGACGUUCUCACGCUUCGAUGGACUCAAAUUGGGCGCUGCGAUCGAUCACAUCGUGUACCAUAAGGACUACAUGGAUAUGAUUGACGAGAAGUGGCUGUCCAACGCUAUCUUCACCACCGUUCGGUCCGAGGUCAAUCUCUCUCGGGUUCGAAAGGACAAAUUCGGCGACUUUGCCCUCGGCUCACUCUCCGAAGCGGUGAACACGACCAAGACGAACGAUAUCACCGUCCGUGCAUGGCUGGCCAACGCACAGGAUCGGAAAUCCACCCUGGUGUUUUGUGUCGACAUUGAACACACCAGACAGCUCACUGAAGCGUUCCGUGAGCUGGGCAUUGACGCCCGCUAUAUCACGGCAGGGACCCCGAAGGAAAUGCGGGAUGAGCAGCUGCGCUCCUUCAAGAACCAGGAAUUUCCCGUGCUUCUGAACUGUGGUCUGUUUACGGAAGGUACUGAUAUCCCGAAUAUCGACUGCGUCCUGCUCGCCCGGCCAACCCGCUCUCGGAAUCUUCUCAUCCAGAUGAUCGGACGCGGCCUGCGGCUACACCCGGGGAAGAAAGAUUGCCACAUCAUUGACAUGGUAGCCACCUUGGACACCGGUGUUCUGUCCACCCCGACACUCUUCGGUCUACACCCGGAUGAGCUCCUGGAAAACGCCAAGGCCAAGGACCUCAGAGAGCAAAAGGAAGGCCCGGCAGGCUCGGAGGAUUACACUGAGCAGCCACCCGAGACCGAUACUCCCACGGACGAGCCUGAUGUGUCCGAUGACAUUAAGAUCACCUUCACCAAAUAUGACACCAUAUACGACCUGAUCCAUGACAUGAAGUCCGAGAAACACAUCCGCUCCCUUAGCCGCUACGCCUGGGUGCGAAUCGACGAGAGCAAAUACACGCUCUCCGACUCAACCGGAUGGAUCACCCUCGCCCAAGAAAAACCUGGUCCCAGCAAGCAGAAAGCAGCGGACACGCCGGCAUCCUACACCGUUCACCAUGUCAAGAAAUUCAAGUCCGCCACCGAAACGACCCAGUACACCCGGCCGCGUCUUAUUGCCACCGCCACGGACUUUGAAUCGGCUGUCCAUGCUGCCGACACAUUUGCGGCCUCCGAGUUCGAUGACCGGUACAUCUCCACCCGGCAGCCCUGGCGUCACCAUCCGGCCACGGCAGCCCAGGUCACUAUGCUAAACAAAGCGAAAAUCCGGGACGAACGAAUCGCCUCCAGCGAGCUGACACGGGGCCAGGCGGCAGAUCUGAUCACGAAACUGAAAUUCGGGGGGAAGAAGCGCUUUGCGAGCAUGCAGAGAAAGCGACGGGUUGCCGAUGAGAAGGCUCGGGACAUGGCUGAGCUGAAGCGACGCGAAGAAGUGAGGGUGGGACCGGUGGAUGGAUGAUUCGGGUCUCCUAUCUUUUUCUCUUCCCUCUGCCGCCGCCUCGCUAUGUCGAGAAGCGGGUGCUAACUCCGGCUCAAGCCAUGCGUCCGCCAGCCUCAACAAUCCUAUACAAUGCUUACAGUCCUGGCAACCGUACGUGGUCCGUCUUUGGUAAACAACCGAUGGUCAGCCGUGGUGGCACCCAAGACAUUGGACAAUUGGGCUCAACUCUUCGCAGUUAACAAGCAACUAGAAUCCUAAUAUCACUUGCAACUGCAUUCUUGCCUAUGACGCUUCAGCCUCCUUUACCAAUUAAAAAAUAUCUGUGAUUCCCUUCAAGUGCACCAUCUGCCAGAAGCCUUCGUCCGUGCCAGUGUAAUUCGUGUGCUCCGGUUG